AUGUCGUACCGUCCAAAUGCAAAGUCGAUACAAAAAAUCAAUGAUUUGGAGGGGAUCUAUGAUGGCAUGGCGCAUGUCUUCCAAGAUGCUCAGCUAACGUUAUCUGGUCAUAGGAAGUUGGUGAUAAUAAUGAAGAAUAUUCAUAAAAGAGCUAUAGAAUUGGGGUUUGAAGAAUCUUUUGCAAUGAAAUUCGCUAAAUUUAUAAAUUUUAUUUUACCAUUGAAGAAGGGGGAGCAAGUUGGAGAUCGUAUCAUUAAAUUCUGUAGCGUCUUCAUAGCAAGUUCAUACAAGGACGAGGAGGUGGCGAAAAAGGAUACUGAACAGGAUAAUGUAGACGAAGAUGUAGACGAAGAUGAAGAUACACCAACUGGUAAAUUUGUAGAUUAUAUCCUUCGCCACUUGUUAAGAGGUAUACAGGCAAAGGAUAAACAUGUUCGUUAUAGAGUUAUUCAAUUGCUUGCUUAUCUUGUAAACAAUAUAGGAGAAAUUGAUGAGGAGCUUUUUACGGCAUUGCAGUGGUCAUUAAAUAGAAGAUUGUAUGAUAAAGAACCAAAUGUCAGACUCCAAGCAAUAGUUGCUAUAUCGAGGUUCCAAUACCUCCCAGAAGGUGGCCAGAAGGCCAGUGAAAGUAUUUUGCUUGCUAUGCAAAAUGAUGACAGUGCUGAGGUUAGAAGAGCCGCUUUGUUGAACUUAACCAAGAAUGAAACAACGAUUCCAUUUCUCUUGGAAAGAGCUAGGGAUACGAAUUCCAUUAACAGAAGGCUUGUCUUCCUGAGAAUUUCAAAAGAAUUGGGUGACUUUAGAGAUUUGGAUUUGGAAUUGAGAGAAGAGUUGUUGAAAAGUGGACUUAAGGAUAGGGAGCAGUCCGUACAAUCAGCUGCAGUUAAAAUGUUCGCUACCACUUGGUUUGACGUGGUACAAGAAGACUUGCUCGAACUUAUAGACAGCUUAAAUGUAGUUAACACUGAGGGAGAUAUCUCAGAUGUUGCGAUUCAGAUCUUUUAUCAAACAAGACAAGAUUUUGUGAACACUAAAGUAAAUAUAACUAAGGAAAUGUGGAAGGAAUUGUCGGUAGAAAUGGCGUUUUUUAUAAGAAGCUUCUAUGAUUAUUGCAAUGAAAAUAGAUUGUUCGAGUUGAUCGAUAAGUUUUACCCUGAAUCUAUUGAAUUGAGUGAAAUUUUACUGAAGUAUUUGAAUCUAAGAAAUUCCUUUAUCAAGAAUAGUACAGGCAUUAUCCAAGAGUAUGAAGUUUUACAUGCGAAGUUGGAGAGUUUAAGGCAUGAAGAGUUUGAAUUAGAACAACAGUUGGAAGGAGAAACCGAGAGCCAACCAAGGGAGAAGGAAAUUGAAAAAUUGUUAGUCAGCAAAAGAGACGAAAUUACCAAAGAACUCCUCAAUUUUGAAGAACCGAGACAAGAGUACGUAACUUACUACGAACAAUUGAAAGACUUAGAAUUUAUUAUCAAACAGUUAAUAAUGAUUUCGAAGGACUACGAUUUCAGUGAUGAAAUUGGUAGAAGAGAAAUGUUGAGAAUAAUAAGAUCUUCGUUGACUAAUGAUGAAUUGAGUGAUGAAUUGAUCGAGUUAUCAUUAAAGGUUUUAAAGAAGAUUUCAAUCAACGAAAGAGAUUUCUCUACUAUGUGUACUGAAAUUGUUACGGACAUUAGAGAUUCUUAUAUGGACGAAGUCGAUGACACAUUCCAUUCGGCAAUAUCAAGUUUGAGCGAUGAAGAAAAGGAUGACGACGAUGAAGAUGAUGAUGAUGAAGAAGACGAAGAGGAUGAAGAAGAGGGACUAGAUGUGGAAGGUCGUGACGAAUCUAAAGCAGAUACCCAUAAAGCCAAGAAACGUAAAAAGGAACCAAAAGAACCUCCAAGCGAGACAUUGAUUCAAUGUUUACUUAUCACAAAGCAUUUAUUGGAAUUAACGGAAGAGUCUAUUUCAAAUGUUUCCCUUAGCUCAUUACUUGAUAGUUUAGUGAGGCCCUCAGUGUUAAGGAACGAUAAUCUCUACAUUAGAAACUUGGCAAUGACUUGCUUAGGAUUGUAUUGCUUGUUAGACAAGCAAUUAGCCAUUCAACAACUUUACCUCUUUGGGGUCGCUGCUUCAAGAGCGGACGAGGAACUUCGAAUACUCUCUAUUAAAGUUAUCGUUGAUAUCUUGUCGACACACGGCAUCUCUGUAUUGGAUGUUGAAGGACAAGUUGAUUCCUUGUCUCUAGCCAAGUUGUUUUACAAGGUAUUAAGGCUCUAUGAAAUGCCUAAGUUACAGUGUGUUGUGGCUGAAGGAUUGUGCAAGUUAUUCUUGGCAGACAUAUUAACUGAUUUUGGUAAAACGAAGAAAGACUCGGAUGAUGGAGAGGGCAACAAGGCGGAUGCAGAACAAGAAGAUCAAGAGAAAGUUCUAUUUGAAACUUUAAUUCUAACAUAUUUCCAUCCAUUGAACGCAAAUAACCAUGAAUUGAGACAAAUCUUAGCAUUUUGCAUACCAGUAUAUUCAUUCAGUCACACUAAACACCAAGAUAAAGUUGCAAGUAUAAGUGGGGACUGCUUCUACCGCUUAUUUAGAGAAAAUGGAGAAUUUGAAAAGUACGAAAAUAUGGCUACUCCAUCUACAAUUUUACAGCAGUUAAUUCAUUGGUGUGAUCCUAAUAACCUAGUCAAUUUGACUCAAGUUGAGAUUAAGAGAUCUGCUGCACAUUUUUGGCAAGCAAUGGGGUUGCUACAGGCACUAGAGCAGGACACACCAAGGAAUAUCAAGAAAACUAUUAUAUCUAAUUUAAAUAAAUUAUUUAUUACUGAGGAACUUGGAUCUGUUGUGUUGACUGGGUUGAAGAGGGCCAUCGAAGAUACAAGGCUAGUGUUUGAAACUAGUAGUCACGACCCAAGCUUUGCCUUAGACUCACUUUCGGAUCGUAGUUUCGAGAAGUUUUAUCAGAAUAUUAAAGAGAUCACCGAAAGGGCCAUGGAAAUGGAAAAGGUAAAGGCGGAAGAAGACAAGGAGAAUAGUAUUUUGUCCAAUAUAUCCACUGUGCCCGAGGAAAAGCAAGGUAGCCCAGAAGAAGAAUCAGUAGAUGUCAAACAAGGAGAGAAUGAGGUUGAAGACAAAGAGGUUGAAAAGGAGACAGCUGUAAAGGAGAAGUCAGCAGAUUCUGAAACUGAGGAUAUCGAGGACAGCUUACAGAAGAUUGACGAGUUAUUGGAUGAAGAAGAUAACGUGGACUACGAUGUAAGCAUGGAAGAUGUGUAA